AUGGCAGCGAUGGCGUCGAUUUGCAAGUAUGAGGAGGCUCCGCCUGAGACGGAAGCGCACAUGAGGAAGUGUUGGCACUUUGAGAUGAAAGGGGUCGUCGUGAUAAACCCCCUCGUGUUCAUCUCCUCGACAAUCUUCCUGUGGGUCUUCGUGAUCCUCUGCUGCGUUGAGCCAGACUACAUGAAGUUCGCCAUGGACGAAGUCGCCUGGGGCUGGAUCCCUGAGGUGUGGACAUGGUUCUACAUCGUCUCUCAGGACAUCUGGGUCAUUGUCUUGAUCUGGGCCAUGGUCCAGCACGGUAAGCUGAAGCUCGGAAAGGACGACGAUGAACCGGAGUUCAGCACUGCCACUUGGUUCUCGAUGUUGUUCUGCUGCGGCGUCGCCACAGGCCUGUUCUACUACGCCGUUGCGGAGCCGAUGUGGCACUUCAAGGGCUGGGGUUCCCCGAGGUUCCUCUCCACGGUCAAGGGCUACGGGAACGUGGACGAGGACGCGACUCACGCGCUGAUGGUGAGCGUCUUCCACUGGGGCGUUCAUGGCUGGAUCCCCUACGUGGUGAUGGGGGCUACGCUUGGCAUCAUGACUUACCGGCGUGGAUACCCAAUGACCGUCCGGUAUGCGUUCUACCCUCUCAUCGGCGACAACGUUUAUGGAUGGAUGGGAGACGCCGUGGACUCCCUCUCCAUCGUGACGUCUAUCGCAGGCGUCUGCACGUCCCUCGGCCUGGGCGCCAUGUCGAUCAACGCCGGACUGCAGCGCCUCAGCUGGGGGACGCACCACGGUGAGAACUUUGCCAUCCCGGACGAGGCCAAGUAUUCAGUUCCUGGAUGUGGUGGCCAAGGAUAUUCCUGUGAUGAUGGUCAGGAAUCUUUCGGCAUCCAGCGAAACACGACGACCAUGAUCCUCAUCAUUCUCAUCAUCACCUGCCUGUCGACCGUGUCAGUAGUGAUGGGCCUCGGCUCUGGUAUCAAGUUCCUUUCACAGUGCGUCUUCGCAAUGGGGACAUUCUUGAUGCUUGUCGUGGCGUUGAACGGCGAGACCUACCUCAUCCUGGACAACAUUGUGCAGGUUACAGGUUACUACUUGUGGUACAUCGUGAAGAUUGGAUUCCAUUGCGACGCUUGGGAGCGUCUCGGCACCAAAGACAUGGGGCUGGGCGGUUCUGGCACUAGCGGAAACACGUGGAUCAUUGAUUGGACCAUCUUCUAUUGGGGCUGGUGGAUCUCUUGGGGCCCUUUCGUUGGCACAUUCAUUGCAAGGAUCUCCAAAGGCAGGACCCUUCGUGUUUUCAUCAUGUCCACGCUCUUUGUGCCCACCCUGUACAGCAUCGUCUGGUUCUGCGUGUGGGGCACCGAGGGCAUUCGCAUGCAACGCAUGGCAGACUCGGCGGGCCUGUGCACUCAAGCUUACGCGGGAGGAUCGGCCUGGGCUGACCAGUACAGUUUGGCGGAUAAGCAGAAUUUGAAUAUGGGCUGGACCCCCAGCUGCGUGCUGGACGAUGCCUACCACGGCGGAUACGGCAGGUGCAAGAGGGCGAAGUUCACUAGGUACGUGGAUCCUUCUAAAGACGAAAAGGGCAAGCAGUGUGUCAAGCAUACCUCGUGGGUGGAUGUACCGUGCGGCGGGGGUCUCGAUCCUACCGCAAUCAACAUGACGAAGUACGAUGGUACUGAGUGUGCGAAGUACAUGACCGAAAUCAACGAGCUGGCUGCUGACAAUUACGACCAGUUCCCGACUACCGACCAGUCUGACUGCUUCGUGCCUCUCCAGGAUGGUACCGUAUGCUUGUACAACCAGGCUACCGCAGACAUCCUGUUCGACCAGAUCUCCUCGUACGGCCCGCGCGGCUAUUCCGACAUGCUGUGCGCACUCACGCUCAUCAUUUUGACAUUCUACUUCGUGACCUCGUCGGAUUCUGGAUCGUUCGUGGUGGACAUCCUUUCCUCCAACGGCCACCCAGACCCCCCAGUGUUCCAGCGUGUCUUCUGGUCCUUCACAGAAGGGGCCACCGCUAUUGCCUUGCUGUAUUCUGGCAACAACCACCCGAGCGCAGACGCUGCACUUAAGGCCCUCCAGGCGGCGUCCAUCAUCACGGGCCUGCCCUACACAUUCGUCAUGUUCUGGUGCUCGCAGUCACUCGUGAUCUUGUGCCAGGAGGAGAACGGCGGGCUCGACCCUAACCGGAAGGCCUUCUCAACGUUCAUUUUCAACAUGAAGAACCUCGUCCUUCACUUGAAGAACACAGCCUUGCCUGGCGUAACCAUGGGCAGGGCUGUGGUGCACGUCGGCAAAUGGCCUUUCGCUGGCCUCGGUCCGGGCGUCACGUUUGGCUUGUGGACGGGUGCCUUCUCCUUGCUGUACUACACUGCAAUCAUUUUCACCAUAUGCACUGCGGCCCUGUACCAAUGGGCGCUCAUCGGCUGCACGUUCUACAUCGGCUUCGGCACCUUCGUUGGCCUGCUCCGCAACCACAUGCGCGUGAAGCACUUCAUCGAGCAUGGCGACAUCGCCACUGACCUUCUUUGCGGCAUAUUCGCGCCCAUGUUCACCCUCUCCCAGAUCGAGGCGCAGUUCACGGAGCCCAUCGAGAACACGAAGAAGAACGACGACCUUGCUCCUCAGGAAGAGAGUAACGAGGAGCAGCCCGCACAGAUCUGA